GUUAUGUCAUACCGAUUGCAUCCCGAUUGUAUGGAAGGCCUCCUUAGCCAGCCUACACCUUGUACCCAGUACUUCUUCCAUGCCAUGGACGUAAUGGUGAGUCAAGGGAUAGCUUUACGGAGUCUCAGUCAUCAAAAGUCAUGCAGCUGAGACUGCCCAUCCUGUUCCACACCGAUAUCCGUCCCAUCCAAGCCGCCAAAGAAUGGUUCAAAACGCAUGCAAAUCUCUCGUGCUUGAACAGUGUGUUAGUGCAGAUCGCGGCAUGUAGACUCUCCCUCCAAAACCAUGCUCCUGCUCCAUCAGACCGGCGCUGUCAAGGUCGGUGAGGUCGUAAGAUAUACCAUAACCUACACUCCUAGCCUCGACCGCAUCCUUCCGCCCCCUACGCAGUUGCACGUGAAGAUAAAGAACACGGUCGCCGCGCCUCUUCGCGCCGCAUACUUACAUGGACCUUAUACCCUAUACGUGGCUUGCUACCCCUCCACGUUUGAUCCAUACAAGAAACACGAGGCUUCCAAUUCGGAAGGGGUUCCGGACUUUGAACCGCAGUUGAAGGCCGGUGGACAGUGGAAUGCGAGACUCACGGUCCCCGAACAUGUGAGAGAAGAUGCUCAGAGACAGAGUAUAGAUGGGAGAUGGGGAGACAGAGGGGGACACGAGAGAAAGAGCUUCACCUGGAUCAUCGAGAUUGCUUCGCAAGUCAUCUUUUCAAAGACCGCUAGCGUCGACUAUGAGGUCCUCGUUGGACGCGACGAGAAGUCUGUGGAACUCGGAUUCCACGGUGUCAUCGGAUCGGGCCACGGUGCACCAGGACGACUCGAGGAUCACCAACUUGCUCGGUCGCAAAAAGCGAACACCCCGCAGCACCCGAAGGGCGUCUUCUCCAAGGCGGUCAGAUUGGUGGUGGAUGACACCCACAGCCUCUGGAAUACCCCUCCAUUUCCUGAGUGGGAGACAGAAGCCGACGGACAAGCCAGAGUCAGAGUGGAACAAGGGCCCCAACACGGCGACAGGAGAGAUGCCAACGCGAAACCGGAGAAAACGCAAAGGAAGCAGAAAAAGAUCCACCUGGUCCUUCUCACCCACGGUAUUCACAGUAAUGUGGGUGCAGACAUGCUGUUCAUGAAGGAGAGCAUCGAUACGGCCGCGAGGCAGGCGAGGGAGGACGCAAAAAGAAGACGAGCCGAGGUACGGGCACGACGUGUGACGCGGGAGAAUGAAUUUGGAAGAGAUGCUCUGGGACAGCGAUCAAAAUCCAUGCCGGACAUUACGGUUGCCGGUGAUGUUCCCCAUGAAGCCGCUGGCUCCAAUCCCGCCGAGGGUGAGGAGGAAGAUGAUGAGGAAGACGAAGAAGAAAUCUACGUGCGAGGGUUCACCGGCAACACCAUGAAGACCGAAAGGGGGAUCCAGUAUCUCGGCAAGCGUUUCGCCAAAUACGUCCUCUCCAUAACCUACCCGGACCAACCCUACUUGCCGGUGAAAUCGUCCAUGGGAAAGUCCCUCUCCCAGUCGCUGGCCUCAUCGUUGUCGAACAAACCAAGCCCGCAGGACCAAGGUAGCACGCAACCGGCCCACAAAAACAGCAGCAUUAUCAAAGACGAAAACCACCGAGCCCAUAAUCUCCCCUACCGCAUCACAUCCAUAAGUUUCAUCAGUCACAGUCUGGGCGGGUUAAUACAGACAUACGCCAUCGCGUACAUCCAGAAGCACUCUCCCGAAUUCUUCAAUCUGAUCAAACCAAUCAACUUUGUCGCGAUGGCUUCGCCGUUUCUGGGAUUAAGCAAUGAAAAUCCCAUAUAUGUGAAGUUUGCGCUGGAUUUUGGUUUGGUUGGGAGGACAGGCCAGGACCUGGGUCUGACAUGGAGGCCGCCUACGUUGGCGAAGAGCGGCUGGGGAGCCGUCGUGGCCGGGUUUACGAACGAAUCUCACAAAGGCGGCCCAGGGAAGGAGUCUGAUCCUGGAGCGAAGCCUUUGCUGAGAAUUCUCCCAACCGGUCCGGCGCAUGUGGCGUUGAAGAAGUUCCGAAAUCGCACCGUCUAUUCGAACGUGGUCAAUGACGGGAUUGUGCCACUGAGAACGUCCUGCUUGCUGUUCUUGGACUGGCGAGGCCUGGGUCGCGUGGAAAAAGCCAGGCGCGAAAGCGGUCUGGUCGGGACGAUGGUGGGAUGGGGCUGGGCUGAAAUGACGGGCCAGAAUGCCAGCGACCCUAGAAAGGCGCUGACCUGGAACAAUUUGUUUAGCGACAGCGGCGAAGAUGUGAGCGGCCACAAGUCCGGCCAAUCGUCCCCAGAUCCUGAAUCGAAAGUCCCACAAGCAGAGACAAGCGAAGGCUUUGACCACGACCAGAGGGCAACAGAACCCGAAGAGAGUCAAUUCCUGGAGAAGAAGCAGAGUCUAUCUUCGGAACGUUCGACAAACCCAGCAGAAGUGAGGCCGACACCUGCACCGAACUUGUGGACGGAACUGUUGAACUUCUUCAAGCCACAUGCCGGACAGCGAAAGUCACCACCGGGCAGUCCGCCCAAGAGCCCGAGGAAGACACAGAAAAUUUAUCGGCGAGGGCAAACGAUGUAUCAUCAACAAGAACAGCAAGACCCUGGUGAAGCCUCGCGAGAAAUCCCCGAAGCAGAAAGCAACGGCAAUGCCGUGAGGGGACCCGUCCGGGGCGCAUCACUAUACACCAACAGCUCCCAAGAUGGUGGCACUGGAGACGUCGAAACGCCUCCGAAAACAACCUUUUUCGAGUCGGCUGGAGAUCUCCUUAACCCACCGCUACCUCCUAAGGACUUCAUCCUUGACCCUGCUGCCAGGCCGAGGACGAUCUUCCAUGACCGUGUGUACCACCCACAAGAUAUUCCUCCUCCGCCAGCGAAACGGCAGCGGACUUUUGGGAUCAGACGCUCCGCAUCGACCCUCGGGUCUCAAUCAUCAACUUCUCACCUCCCGUCCACACCAGCUUCGCCCUCUGACCCCGGCCGCCCUGCCUCAGGGCACUCCACGGAUACGCCAACGAAUACAACUCAGAUACCGCAACAAUCUCAGGCUCAAGAAGUCGGUGCCAUGAAGAUUGAGGAGAAAAUCGCCCGUGCUUACCAUAAAGAUCUAUCAUGGCGUAAGGUCCUGGUGCGGCUGGAACCUGAUGCGCACAACAACAUGGUAGUCCGCCGGAUGUUUGCCAAUGCGUACGGGUGGCCAGUUGUGCGACAUAUGUGUGAUACACAUUUCGGGUACACGGCAGCGGCGAGGACUAGAGACGAAGACGAAGAAAAUGUGGAAAGAGCCAUGGAACGAGACGAACUUGUUUCGGGUGAAGAGAGGGGAGGGGAGAGCGUUAGGGGCCAGCGAGACUUACCUGAGGAGAAAGAUGUCCAAGGAGAUGGUGAUGACGUCGAAAAUAGGGCGAAGACUACUGAUAAUGUCAGAGUCACAGAGGCGAGCCCGACUGAGGUUGCGGAAAUACACGCGGAUCUACAAAAGUUACACACGGCAUGGAAGGUGCGUGAUCGCGACAAGCAGGUCACUCCCACCCGACGUUCCUCGAAGCGUACCGAAUCCGAGAUCCGCGAGGCUCGAGACGACGUUGCAGAGCUGGUGUCCCGGGUUAGUGCCACAGGGGAGAGCAGCUACAGCGGCAUGAACUCCAGCAAGGCAGCGUUGUCCAGGCUUGUCAGGCAGGACAGCGCAAGAUGGAGUGAUCGGUUCUUCGAUGGAAGCGAGGAUGGUGAUGAGGAAGACGAAGAGGAGGGUGAUGGUGGGUUGCGCGAGGAGUUGCGGAGAGCAAAAUAUCGAGGAGAACUCGAUCGAAUGUUCAACAUCGACUUCGACGUCGACUCGGCCGAUGAGGGAGCGACAACGGCGAAGCUCACAGAUGGCCCUCUCACAGAGAGCCCGCACAGUACGAAGCUCAGCAAGCCCAAGAAAGGAAAGGAGAGGGAGGAUGAUGGAUCAUCAGCUUCUGCGAGCAAGUACGGGCAUAUUAUUACCGAUCCGCAGGGGCCUUUCUCAGCGGAACCAGGCGAGCUGGAACCACUCUCGCAUUCUUCAGCGGGCACAAACACGCCUUCACGCCAGGCCGACGCGCAGCUGGAAUCCGAGUCCCUCCCAUCACUGGGCACCAGCGCGGCAUUGGGACUGUCUGUGGGCGAGAACGUCGACGAGAGGUUGAUAAGAGAGAUGAAGCCUGCAAGCCUGGGAGAAGCAGGCGGUGUGGCGGAACAGGUCGCCCUGGCCACCCGACGAAGCAAGGAGGAGCAGAGGCAGAAAGAGGAUGAGUGAGACUCCUGAGCCAUGCCGUGUGAUGCUUCGACAAUGUGGACACUGGCGCCGUUGCAAGUGGCGCGACUGUACAACCUUGUUUACUAUGUGCCUGUAGAAAUAAAUUAAUUGUCUUUUGCAGAGCA